GCUUCACCACACAUCUGCCGUAUCCGAACAGCUACUCUCCGGUUUCCUGAUAUUGCUUCAUGGCGCUCGUGAGACUUCAGCUGCAUCUGUCUCUGCUGCACUUCCUCCCCUCGGACAUAUCCCCGCCAGGAAGUGUGGAGAAUGUGCUUGACUGCUUCAACUCCUGUCUGAAAAACCAGGAGUGUGUCUCCCUGAUUUACGACAGGUACAACAAACAGUGCUACGCCUACCCAGGCAGGCUUGAGGUUCCCUUCUGGGGAAGUGACACCAAUGCCGACCUCGACAUCUACAACACCGACAGAGAUGGAUAUGGCUGUCCAAGUCAUCUUGGAUAUAAUUAUAAUUCCACGGUGAAUGUGUGUUUCAAAAUACACGGUGACACCUACACGUCUCACAAUGAAGCUGCAAGCACCUGUGUCUCCGAGGGAGGUCAUCUUAUCAGAAUCACUUCAAGUGCAAAGGAUGAAUUUGUGUCUGUCAUUUUGCCAAAGAGUUCCUCCAUUCACACCGAUGGCACGUGUAAUGUGGUAGGCGGCUGGAAGUACUCGAAUGGAGACAAUGUAACCUACUUCAGAUGGAUGCCGAAUCAACCCAACAGCAACUGUGGGAAUGGAUGGGGAAAGUGUCUCGUCACAGCUGUGUCUGGGUGUAACGACAUCGUCUGCUGGUAUCGACUUCCCUUCAUAUGUGAAUUCGAUAUAUAAAGCCGCGCAAAGCAAAAAAUAAAGAACGUUUCUUGGGAGUGGUAAAUACCCUGUUUUAGGAAUAAACAUUGUUUUUCUUGUGUUCAUUCCUAAUACAGGAUAUUAACCAUCCUACAUCACACAAGAGUGAUGACGUCUUUAAAUGUCAUUCGUAAAUCUGCCGUCGUAAAACCUGUUCUUAAAAACAAUACCUAAACAUUGCAGGUUUUCCUGGAAUGUGCGCAUUAAUAUAUACUUUCACGCAAAAGAAACGCAAGUGGUUUUAAGCAAAUAGGUAACAAACACGGAACC